GAAACCAUCAUGCAGAAAGUUUAUAUUUCCUUGCUGGUCAUUCUAUCAGCUGUUGCUGUGCGUUCUGGACAUGAUGGUGAUUGGUGUGAAGAUUGUCGACCAUGUCCGCGUGAGGCUAUAAUUUGUCCUAAGGGCACACAUCCUGGAUACGCUGAUCCUUGCCAAUGUUGUCUAUCUUGUGUAAUCAGCGAAGGAGACAAGUGUCCUUGGAAAGGCCCUGAACCACCCUCUGGACCUGUUGAAUGUGAAGACGGUACAGAGUGUUGUGAUUGGAGAUGCUCUAGGUAUUGUGACAAGUAAUCAUUGACGACAGAUGCAUUUAUUAUACCGACAUACUUCUAGCUUUAUAAAAAAAAAUGGUGGUGGGUUUUUGGGAUUUGAAUCAGUUGAUUUUUGAAUAAAUUCUGGUUUUCAAGCAUUUUAAUCACUGUUUUUGCUUACCG